AUGUCACGGGAAAAGGUGAAUAAAAAAUACAUAUUUACAAGAUCGCGGUUUUUAAAUAAAAAAUUGUUAUUCGGAAGUUUGGGAGUAUUAACUGGAGGAUGCGGAGUUUUAAUAUUAACUUCGAACGAAUCUCUACGAGCCUCAAUUAUGGAAUUACAACCUGCUAGAUAUCCUUGGGAUCAUUAUGGACUCAUAACAGCUUUAGAUCACGCUAGCAUCAGAAGAGGUUAUGAGGUUUAUAAACAAGCGUGCGCAUCCUGUCAUUCUUUGCGUCAUUUAGCUUAUAGAAACCUCGUAGAUGUCACUCAUACUGAAGCCGAAGCUAAGGCGGAAGCUGAGGAGCAGAUGGUGGAAGAUGGACCCGACGAAGAAGGGAAUAUGUACGAAAGACCUGGGAAAUUAUCCGAUUAUUUCCCUUCGCCUUAUCCCAAUGAUAAAGCCGCGCGCGCCGCUAAUAACGGAGCUUCGCCACCGGAUUUGAGUCAUAUAAUUCUAUCCAAAUUUGAUCAUGAAGAUUAUAUAUUUUCUCUUCUGACUGGAUAUUGCGAAGCUCCCGCGGGAGUGGUACUCAGAGAAGGGCAGUACUAUAAUCCUUAUUUCGUAGGAGGCGCCCUAUCGAUGGGGCCUCCUCUUUUCGACGAUUCCGUCAAUUAUUCCGACGGUACGGCGAGUUACGUCAGUCAAAUGGCUAAGGAUGUAACUGUUUUUUUAAAAUGGGCCGGAGAGCCUGAGUUCGAUGAUAGACAAAGAAUGAUGGUGAAGAUGUUGAUAAUAUGUAGUGCUCUGAUGGGGGUUUCGUUUUAUUUGGUAAGAAUGAAAUGGAUGCCUUUGAAAUCGAGAAAAAUCGAAUACAGACCAAAAAAAUACGGAUAA